UUCCCAUUAUCAAUACAUAUCUACACACUUCCCAGUUCCCUUCCCACACACUGCCACACAAACAGUAUCAACUAAGAACUAAGAACCCUUACCCAACAAUGGCGAACCAAUUAGAAGAGUUGAUUCUGCUGGAUUUCUGGCCGAGCAUGUUUGGGAUGAGGGUCAGGAUCGCACUUGCUGAGAAGGGUGUUUCAUACGAAUACAGAGAAGAGGAUUUGAGGAAUAAGAGUCAGCUUCUCUUGAAGAUGAACCCGGUUCACAAGAAGAUUCCGGUUCUCAUACACAAGGGCAAACCAAUCCGCGAGUCUAGCAUCAUCGUUGAAUAUAUCGAUGACGUCUGGAAAGACAAAUCUCCAUUGUUUCCUUCUGAUACAUACGACAAAGCUCGUGCGAGGUUUUGGGCUGACUUUAUUGAUAAGAAGUUAUACCAAAACGGGAGGACUUUGGUGUUCACAGCAGAAGGGGAAGAACAUAAGGCAGCCAAGAAAGAGUUCAUCGAUUGCCUUAAACUGUUUGAAGAAGAGCUUGGAGACAAACCUUACUUUGGAGGUGACAGUUUUGGCUACGUUGAUGUGUCUUUGAUCCCAUUUUAUUCAUGGUUUCAUUCCUAUGAAAUCUAUGGAAAAUUCAACAUAGAACAAGAGUCCCCAAAACUGAUCGCAUGGGCCAAAAGAUGCAUUCAGAACAACCAAAGCGUGUCUAACACCCUUCCAGACUCGCUAAAGAUCCUUGGCUUUGUUCAGAUUGUAAGGAACGCAUUUGGACUCUGCGACUAGAACUUUGAAGCUAUCAAAGCCAAUAUGUUGUUGAACUAGUUUCACUUUCUUGAUGGAAAACACUUGGAUGUGUUUUUCUUGUAUUAAUAAAUGACGUUAUAUUUACAUUUUGAUUGUUACAAUGUGUAUCUUUACAUAUUUGUGCUUUUUGAAUCUACUAAACAGAAGCUGAUGUAGGGGGUGAUAUAGUUCUUGUAGUCGAAAGCUUGGAAC